GCACGAGAAGAAGCUGCAGCUCAGAUUCACUGGAGAUAUUUGGGAUCAUGCAGGGCGCACGCUGACCAGAGGAAAUAUGUUGACACUGCCAUUCGAGGAACCUCACUUGAUGUGCGAGCCGCGGUUCGGUGCCAAUUAUCCCCGAGAAAGCUUACCUGAGCGCCUGGAGCAGGAGCGCCAGCACAACCUGGAAAGGUCCAACUCAGCAAUGAGGGAGGCCGAGGACGACCUCUCCGACCGAGAAGAGGACGAGAGGGAGGACGACCAGGACGAGGACGGGCUCCCUAAAAAGCGAGGCCCCCGGAAAAAGAAGGCCGGCAAAGAGCAGGUGGACAGGGUCAAACACCGGCGCCAUGAAGCCAACGCCCGAGAGCGCAGCAGGAUGCACGGCUUGAACGACGCGCUGGAGAGCCUGCGUAAAGUUGUGCCGUGCUACUCCAAAACUCAGAAACUGUCCAAGAUCGAGACGCUGAGACUGGCUAAAAAUUACAUCUGGGCCUUGUCAGAGACUCUGAGCGCAGGGAAGAGACCGGACCUCCUCGCCUUCGUACAGACUUUGUGCAAAGGAUUAUCUCAGCCCACGACCAACUUGGUGGCCGGUUGUUUGCAGCUGAACGCGAGGAACUUCCUCACAGACCACAACGGAGAGGUCAUGUUCUCCGGCAGGUCGCCCUACGACGCGAUGUACUCGUACCCCGGCUCAGACGUGAACACGCCCCCGGGCCACAGCGGCGGUAACUUGGACAGCAGCGCCAAAACGUUCCGGCACUACAGCUACAGCGGCGCGUACGAGCACUACUACGAGAACCCGUCCCCGGAGAGCGGGAGCCCGCAUUUCGACGGCCAGCUGAGCCCCCCGAUGAACUUUAACGGGAUUUUCUCCAUGAAACACGAGGAGCCGCCAGACUACAGCAAAAACGGCCACUUCGGCGUGCGCUACUGCGGUGGGCCAGGGCGCACGGCUCUUGCGCACAACUCCAUGUACCGCGUCUCCCCAGAGGCCCGUUUUCCCUACGAUCUGCACGUCCGCAGCCAGUCCUUCCAAGCACAAGGGGAAGUUAAUGGCUCUUUCCACAAUUAAUCAAUCAGCUGGACAAAGUUCAAGUUUCAGAAGCGAUGCAAUUUCCCCCGCGCAGAUGUCGAGAGUGGAACGAAAUGGACUCCUGGUGCACUGCAAAAAAAUCCCCAUUUUAACGAGUCAUUUUCAUUUAGAUGUUCAGUCUUAUUUAAAUAAAAGAAAACGUGGUAAAAUCGAGCAAAUUAGAUGCGAUGAUGCCACUUGUUCUCAAUUCUUGUGCAACUAAAUGUGUGUCGAUGCGAGGCAGAGAAAAGACACAUCACAGGAAUUCGAAGCAAAAGCAGUAAAAUGAUCUGAAUGUGAGGGAAGUUCCUCUGAUUCGAUUUAAAAAUAAAAAAGAUUCAAUGUCAAAGUGCCACAUAUUUGAUUUAAACGAAAAUCUACAACAACUCAAAUGGAGAAUCAUUUGUUGAAGAUGCAGGUUAACAGCCACAGUGAAUUCAUUUAUUAUAAUUGUUUGUUUAUGGCAGACCUGCAGAUAUUGACAUGUUUAACUUAUAUUAAAUAAAAUUACUAAUUCGAGUCAAAUAAAAAAAACAGUAAAUACAACAACCGGAGAGGAAGAAUCCAGAGGUUUCACUUCACCGCUGAAGUUUUCUGAGACAUGAUUGGACUUUAGAGAUUCACUCUGUUAGCAAUAAAGGUCAAUUGAGCUAUGCAAGGCAGCUAAAUGCAAUCUUUGCUUGUAAAAAAAUGAUUUAUGUCUAUUUCCUCAAGGCGUUUCUCAUCAUCUAAUAUCUAAUUAAAACGAUGACAAUUACACGACAUUAAUUAUGAGGAGAAAAGGAGACGUGCAUGUGUUCAGGAGACCUGGAUGAUGUCAUGUGAUGAAUUGAAGUUGUGAGGGGGGGAAAAGGUAAAAAAUAUUAAAUGCAUUUGUAUUUGGAGUAAAUAGUGUGGUGACGAGGUGAAUAUGAAAUUAUUAUUAUUGUAUUUAUUUAUUUAUUUAAGCUUAUUUAUAACAAGUCCGUCAAUUUGAAUGUGGAUAAUAUAUUAUAACAAAAAAAAGAUAUUGUAAAAUUCAACAGUGUGACCUUUAAUGUGGAUUUCCCAUAACAUUGAAAGUUUGUUUAUGUUUCAUUGUAUAUUUCACUGCAGCUGAAAGUCGAGCAUUGGAAGUGAAAAGAUUUUAUUUUAUUAUUAGUAUUAUUAUAAUUUGUGCGUGAGGUGAACACCAUGUUUCAAAAACUAUUUGAAUCCGAUCAACAUGCCUUAAAAAAAAAGGAGAUGACGACCACUGACCAAUAUGCAACGAAGUUUUUGGGAUAGUUUGAUGUGAACUUUUUACACUGAGGAGCGACUGUGAUGCACUUCAUGUCUUUCUGCACAAUGUUGGUGACUGUACUCACAUAAACCCUGUUGAUUUUGUAACUUUACCCGUAUGACGAAUGAUUUCUGAUUUAUUUCAUAUCUCACACACACACACACACACAGACGCACACACUCCUGUGGAAACUCGUUAUGGAUCGAAAUACUCGUGAAGUAAUGUGUUUAUUGUUUUUUGUGAAUGUGCUUUUGUCGCAAUAAAAUG